GGCCCUUUCGCGCUGCCAUUUUGGAGAAGCUUUCCCCACGCAGGAGAGCUUCGCGAAGGUUCUUGUUUUUCGAGGCCAGAACCGGACAGAAACCAGCAAAAAAAAAAAAAAAAAAAAAAAACGACGCAGGGAGUGUGUAAAAAAAAAAAAAAAAAAAACGACCGACCCCGCUGGACGCGUAAUAAUGGGCCCGCCGCCGGGAGACAGACCGCGCCGCACGUCGACUGAAAGAACGGGGAGCUCCAGCUGGACCGUCGAUUUCUCUUGACAUGGCAUGCGGCAGCAGUUAGGGUGACGACGGACCCGAAAAAGAGCUCCACACGACCGCCAAACUCGUCCAGCUAUCGGAAAAGACGCAACGGCUUUAGUUUUCUGAGCUAAAACAACAAAGCCCUUAACGGAGUUGUCGACGACGCGAUCUUUAAAAAAACAACAACAACAAAAGACCCAAAAUGUCGAUCUCGCGCGCUAGCUGCUUGUUAGCUUUUUAGCAUCGCGAAAACACUGGCGAGGACUUGUAAAGAAAGAUGACCGAGUCGUAACCGGAAAGCUUUCCUCCCCCCCCCAAAAAAAGUAGUAGUUAGUCACUCGGGCCGCGAAGGAGCUACGAUGUAGCUUUGGUCGUUGCUAGCUGGGCUUAGCUAAAACGAAACCAUGAGCAGCACCAUCAGCACUACGACUAGCAGGAGCGAGUAGGCCGCGAGCCUCGAAAAGAAGCGAGGAAAAUGUCGAACAACCUUCGUCGUGUUUUUUCUCUUGUAUGUGUGCCAACGUCUCCCCGCCAUGCUCGUCCCUACGCCCGGUCCAGCGCGCUCAGUCAUGGAUGAGGGACUCUGAAAAGCCACCACUGAAUAUUCUUAAACUGCUCGCCCUCCAUUGCACCCAGCACCGCUAUGAUUCUCUCCUGUAGGAAGUACUACUGCUAAUAAUAAUAACAAUCAACCACAGUUUGAUUUUUCUGGUUUUUAUUUACAAAUCUGCUCGUUGGCGGCAGGCUCAGGCUCUUGAAACGAUGGAUUUUUGAACCACCAAGAAGGAGAUGUAGUCUUAUCGUGAAUCCCGUGCCCGCCACCUUUGCAGAAAGAAAAACAAAAACACCCCAAAAAAACGGCGUAAAAAUGACUUGAUAUGACGAUGUUUGGUUAGAAGACCUGUUUGAGUUUCUUGUUAAUUGAGUGGCUAGUUCACAGACCUGGUUAGCACUCCCGUUGUCGUAAUAGUGCCCCCCCCCCCCAAAAAAAAAAAAUUAAACCUGAGCGGAUCAAAUAGGAAAGUUGACACUAUCGCAUCUAAUCAUGGGGGAUCCGAUCACGCGGCGAAACCAAACCAGAAAUCGUCUCCGCGCUCAGCUGCGGAAGAAACGAGAAUCGUUGGCCGAUCAGUUCGAUUUCAAGAUUUACAUCGCCUUUGUUUUCAAGGACAAGAAAAAGAAGUCGGCGCUCUUUGAGGUCGCCGAAGUGGUGCCGGUGAUGACCAACAACUACGAGGAGGACAUCUUGCGAGGCGUGCGGGACUCCCGCUACUCCCUGGAGAGUUCCAUUGAGCUCCUGCACAAGGACGUGGUGCAACUCCACGCCCCCCGUUACCAGUCCAUGCGAAGGGACGUGAUAGGCUGCACGCAGGAAAUGGAUUUCAUCCUUUGGCCGCGCAACGACAUCGAGAAGAUCGUCUGCCUGCUCUUCUCCAGAUGGAAGGGAGCCGACAAUGAGCCCUUCAGGCCCGUUCAGGCCAAGUUUGAGUUCCAGCACGGCGACUACGAGAAGCAGUGCUUGCACGCGCUCGCUCGCAAGGACAAAGCUGGAAUGAUCAUGAACAACCCCGCGCAGUCCAUCUUCCUCUUCGUGGACCGACACCACCUACAGACUGUUAAAAGCAAGGCGACGGUGUUGAAGCUGUGCAGCCUGUGCUUGCACCUCCCCCAGGACCAGCUGACCUGCUGGGCCGCGGGCGACGUCGAGGACCACCUCAGACCUUACAUGCCCGACUAGGCUUCAUCCGAGGGGGGUCGCCUCAACCCCCACCCCCCCUUCCCUCUCCAUCCCUCUCUAUCCUGCCUUCAGAAGCCAUGUUGAUGUUCUCACCCCCCCCCCACCUUUCUCUUCCUCCUUCCUUCUCUCUCUCUUCCCCCGCCCUCAUCCCCCACUCAGGCAUCCAUUUUGUUUCCCGUCAACCCGCAUGAACAUUGAUUUGGAGCGAUCGGUCGUCAAGGCGACAGGCAGGACCUCUCUCUAUGUUGGGAGAGAGAAAGAGAGAGAGAGAGAGAGAGAGAGAGAUGGAAAAAAAAAAACACGGACAUGUCGUUAAAUCCUUGUCGUCACAGGAAAAGUUUUGUUUUCUUUUUUUCUAUUUUGUUCCUUUGUCGUUUCCGGGGAAAACCAACUUUCGGGUGUAGAACAAUUGUAAUAAGACCACCAACGAUAAUGACGUCAACUCAUACGUGUCGUUAUGGCUUCUCAUUUGCUGGACUCCAGAGUUAACGUUCAUAUUUUUUUUCUGGGGGGGGGGGGCAGGGGGUGUUUGUGUUACGCUCGAAUCACUACUGAUGUUUGAUUAUGGAUACGGGCUACUUAAUAAUGAGAAUAACAAUAUACCUAACGUGCAAACUAACGUUUUGGCUCAAAUUUGAAAUUGCUUGUCAAAGGAUUUUCAUUUUUUUUUCAUGUUCAUGACUCAAAAUUUGUGUGUCCAGUUGAAGGUUUGAGGCUUUUUUUUUUUUUUUUUUGAUCAAUACUGCUGAGCAUAUAUCAAUACAAAUUUUGAACGCAA